AUGAAUAUUCUACGCUCGCCGCCGGUUCCUUUCACCGAUCAAGCUUCGGUGUCGGAGAGAAGAUCUAAUCUCCUAGAUGCAUCGACGAUAUCUCCAGCGGGAUUCGCUUGGCUGAUGCUGGGCAUAUCGGUUUCGAUGAUGCUGUGUGGAUCGGUCACUUUCUUUAUAGGGUUCAUGUUGAUGCCUUGGGUUAUUGGUUUGUUAAUGGUGUUUUACGUUGCUGGGAUUGUUUCCGCCAUUUCCCUGUUGGGUCGUUCUAUUAUUUGCAAUGCCUUGGCUCCUCCUUCGCCUCGAAAACAUAUUCCUGAUAAUUGCUUUUUUUGUUCUUCAUUGGGAUUUGAUAACUAG